UUCCUUCAAUGCUGUCAAAAGACUUUCUCUGGUGCUGUUGUGUCCGACAGGAAUCUGUGUGAGCUGUGUGUGAACCGCUGAUCCUGAUCUCUGCACACGGACUGCAAUUAAAAUUGUUCAGGAACUUUAGCAGGGAUCUUCGUCCAUUGCAGCAAAAAAAAAAAAAUUCUGCCAUUUUUCAUAAUUACUCAUUAACCAUCUACGCAGUUCCUAGUGUCAUGGCGAGCAGUCCUGCAGUGCUCAUGCGGUUGGUGGCUUCAGCUUAUGCCGUGGCGGAAAAGGCUGGAACCAUUGUCCGCAAAGUGCUUCAAAGUGGAGAGCUCGGUAUCGUUGAAAAGACAGGAGCUGAUGAUCUACAGACACUGGCUGACAGGCUUGCUCAGAAGAGUAUUUGUGCAUCCCUGUCGAAAAGCUUCCCUAAAGUCACUAUCAUCGGGGAGGAGGAAUUACCAGAUGAGUCUGUUGAGGAAGACCUGAUAGAGGACGGGCACAGCAGCCUAAUCCUACAAAAAUCCUGUCCUGAUCAGUAUGCCAGCCUGAAAGAGGAAGAGCUCGUUGUGUGGGUGGACCCUCUUGAUGGCACUAAAGAAUAUACAGAAGCUGCGAGGGUUUUGUACAACCCAGUUUACAUACAGAAGCCAGUGCAGCCCCACAGAGACCCUAACCGGCUUUUGGAUAAUGUGACAGUGCUAAUAGGGAUUGCUUAUAGAGGGACAGCCAUUGCUGGAGUCAUCAAUCAGCCCUUCUACAACUACCAGAUUGGGGCUGGUGCUUCUUUGGGCAGAACUUUAUGGGGAGUUCUGGGUUUGGGCGCAUUUGGGUUUCAACUCCAGGAAGUCCCAGAUGGUAAAAGAAUCAUCACAACCACGCGGUCCCACAGCAAUAAACAUGUGGUCGACACAGUACAAGCCAUGGAGCCUCAUGAGGUCAUCAGAGUGGGAGGAGCUGGGAAUAAGAUCAUCCAGCUAGUGGAGGGAAAGGCCUCCGCUUAUGUGUUUGCCAGUCCAGGAUGUAAAAAGUGGGACACGUGUGCGCCUGAGGCAAUUCUGCAUGCAGUUGGAGGCAAACUGACAGACAUCCAUGGUAAUGCAUUCAGAUAUGAUGCCAAUGUGAAGCACAUGAAUUCUGCUGGAGUUCUGGCGACUCUCCGGGAUCAUCAGUACUAUAUCAGCAGAGUGCCACGGGCUGUCCUACAGGCUCUCCCCUCGGACUAAACCAUUACACGAAAUUAAGUCACAGUGUAAACUUGUGUGCCUCAAAGCUGUGAUAUGUCCUUGCCAUUAAUUGAACUGUUUAAGAUUAAUACGAUUUAAUGAGUACAUUCAUUUUCAACCACGUUUAUAAGGGGGCCAAAUACAUUUAUUUUAAAACAUUUUAUUAUUUGUAGUAAUAUAAUUUAAAACAAAAUUACUGUAAACAUAUACAUUUAUAUAUACGUCAUUUUGCAUAUAUAUAUAAUUAUGGUCAUAAUGUUUACAUUUUAUUUUUUUAAUUGGGGUGUAGUUCCAUGUUUUGACAUUUAUCUGGCUGUCUAAUUUGUUUUAGAGAAUAUGAAUAAAAAAUUCUGUCAAAUUAA